UUCUGGGAGGAAAAAAAUGGCGGCUACUAGGUUAUGGCAUAGAAUGGGAAGGCUCCUGGAGAUAGCGUCGGCAUUGGGGCCUUGGCCCCGGGUUUACAGCACGUCCCCUGCCUUCGCUGAAGUGUUAAGGAUGCCACAGAAACAGCUAAGGAAAGUAGUGUACCCGCUGCGGGAACUGGAGCAGCACCUCGUCACGGACUCUAGGCCUGGCCUCAUCGAACAGAGACUCUUCGACCCGAGCCUGGAGGACAUCACGAGGGCGGAGAGCGUCUUCGCCGCCACGGUCCGGAACCGCAUCGAGUACCUCAGCUCCGCCGUCCGCCUAGACCACGCCCCGAGUUUGCGGCAGCCGGAGGUGUGUUUCAUAGGCCGAAGCAAUGUUGGAAAAUCCUCUUUGAUAAAGGCCUUAUUUUCCAUGGCCCCUGAUGUAGAAGUCAGGAUCUCAAAAAAACCGGGGCACACAAAGAAAAUGAAUUUUUUCAAAGUUGGAAAACAUUUUACCUUGGUGGACAUGCCAGGGUAUGGCUAUAGAGCACCCGAAGACUUUGUUGACAUGGUAGAGACUUAUCUAAAAGAACGAAAUAAUUUGAAGAGAACAUUUUUAUUAGUGGAUAGCGUUGUUGGAAUUACAAAGUUAGACAAUAUCGCCAUAGAAAUGUGUGAAGAAUUCGCAUUGCCUUAUGUGAUGAUAUUAACAAAAAUUGACAAAUCUUCCAAGGGGUAUCUUUUAAAACAAGUGCUCCAGAUUCAGGAGUUCGUUAACACGCAGACACAAGGCUGUUUUCCUCAGCUGUUCCCUAUAAGCGCAGUAACCUAUUCUGGAGUUCAUCUGUUGAAAUGCUUUAUAGCAGAUAUAACAGGAAGUCUUAAAUAAAUGCUCCUAGAGUGGAUGAUGUUUCAAAGUUCUUCUUGUCAACUGGAGUUAAAUAUGGAGAAGAAUGCCAGUAUUGUUUUAAAUAUUGUGCAUCUCAACUUGAAGGAAAUUGGGCUUUAAAAAAAAAAACCUGCAUUACCCCUGAAGCAAGAACAAAUGUGUUGGGGGUAAGGGUUACAAAUAAUUCAUUAAAUCAUACUGUUCAUUAGGACAGAUGCUAGCUGGCUUUCCUAUUUUAAGUGACAAGUCCAAGAGCAUAUACAAAUCCAUGAAAUGAGACCCUGCUUCUAUGUAGAGGUUGAAUAAAUUGGGUUUUUCUCUUACAAAUGCCUACUGUCUUUAAUGCUGUGAAUGUGAACUAUGUAAAGGAGGGGGUUCCUUUUGUAAAGCACACAUAUGUAAGUAGAAAGUAAAUGACUGUGUAUAGUAUGCUUAUAA